UCAGUGAUGUUAAAACUUUCUAAAGAACUUACUCAAAUUUUUCACCAAUUACCGGAUGUAAUGGUUGUACUGUCAAAAAUUUUGAAGAAUUUGCCAACCAAAUGAACAAUGUCCAGAUCAGCAACAACGAAAUAAUGAUCAGAUAUGACGUGACAUCUUUAUUCUAUUUCCAACUUUACAGUGUCAGACGUCAUCAACAUUACCAAUUUUCUUUUGAGGACCACCUACUAUAAAUGUCAGAAUCAAUUGUACGAACAAUUGAAAGGUACGAACAAUUGGAAGGUACACCAAUGGGAUGUCCACUGUCCAAUCGUAGCAAAUUUAUAUAUACAUAUAUAUGUGUGUGUAUAUAUAUAUAUAUAUAUAUACAUAUAUAUAUAAUAAUAAUAUGGCCAGGUAGGUGUGGGCAUCCCAGGUGGUCUCGAGGCAGCGGUACAUUCACUUUCCAGCUUUAUUGACACUUUUGGAGAUGAUCCCAACUUAUGCUGCCUCAAACUGGAUAUGUCCAAUGCUUUCAACAAUUGUGACCGUACUACUUUUCUGCGACGUCUUCACAGAGAGCUUCCUGAGCUUUUUGGAUGGGUGCAGUGGAGCUAUCACAAACCCGCAGAACUUCGUUUUGGCAACCGAAAACUCACUUCUUCUACUGGUGUUCAGCAAGGCGACCCUCUGGGUCCUUUGCUUUUUUCCUUGGUCAUUCUAGAUUUAGUUGAUGAAAUUGGGCCAUUAAAUGACAUCAACUUAAAGUUGUGGUACCUAGAUGAUGGAAAUUUUGUUGGACAUCGUUGCAAGGUAGCUUCACUCCUAGAGCAGAUGAAAUCUAAAGGGUCUAGAUAUGGUCUUCAGCUGAACAUGUCCAAGUGUGAGAUAUUCUGGCCUUCUGGAAACCAGUCCUUUCCGGAAUUUCCGUCAGAUGUGGAACGCGUCGUCGACACAAAGGGUGGUGCUGAUUUUCUGGGCUCUCCUCUCUGGGGAUCUGAGGUCUUUUUCAAUACUAGCCUUUCAACUCGUAUUGACAAAAUCUGGGAAAGUCAACAACGCCUGCAAGAUAUUGAAGAUCCUCAGGUAGAAUUACUUUUACUGAGAUCAUGUCUGUCUUUGUGCAAACUAAACCACAUACUCAGGACUGUUCCACCUGACAAAGUCCUUGGCCAACUUCAAUCUUUUGACAUCAACUUACGGAAGACUCUGGAAUCAAUAGUAGAUUGUUCCUUAUCAGAAAGCUCAUGGCAACAAGCUACACUCCCCAUUCGCCUGGGGGGCUUGGGUUUGAGGGAAGCUUCUCGAUGUCACCCCGCAGCCUAUCUUUCCAGUUGUAACUCUUCUCGUCACUUGGCAUCUUACCUUCUAUCCAUGAGCAGCCAGUGGAACAUGUCAUAUUCCGAUGAGGGCCAGGCGAUUGUGUUUCCAGGGGAGUCUACGGCCCAAGAUUUUUUGCAACUCCCUUUACCAGAUAACAACCACAAAAUUGAUUCCACCAGUCAGCAUCAGUUGCAACUUCGGUUGGACUCUGCUUUAUGGUCUUCACUCAAAGAAUCGGCGAGCAUAAGGGAUCGAGCUCGACUGAAUACCAUUUCUGGUCAACACACUGGGGCAUGGCUACGGGCAAUACCGAACCCGAAUCUCGGCCUUUCCAUGCCCAAAAGAGAGUUUAGUGUGGCACUACGGAUAUGGUUGGGUAUCCCCAUUUUCCCUUCCCCAAACUCCAAACGCUGCCCUUGUGGUAACAUUAUUGAUAAGUUUGGUGACCAUCUAUUGGGAUGUAAUCAAGGACAGAGUUUGACAACGAAACGUCAUGAUGCUCUAUGCGAAGUGGUGUACAACGCACUGCUUACAGAUGAUUCUCGUUGUCGUCGGGAGGCAAGAUGUAGCAGUAGCAACCAAACAAGACCAGGAGAUGUUUAUCAUCCAGAUUUCGAGCGCGGUUUGCCUGCCUACUUUGACUUAUCGGUACGAAGUUCCUUACAACCGUCUUUUCUCACUCAAGCAGCAAGUCAUCCAGGUGCAGCAUCUGAUGCAGGAGAGAUGGAAAAGGACGAACGACAUCACCUGAAUGUGUCCAGCACAGGCAGCCUUUUUCAUCCGCUAGUAGUAGAGACUCUGGGUCUCUGGACAGCUGCUAGCCUUCAAGUGCUCAAGAUCAUAGCACGUAGAGCUUCGUUUAAACAUAAUGUUUCAAUUAGCCAGUCUGUUUGUCAUUUUCAUCAGCAACUCUCUACUAGACUGUGGUGUAGCAACGCUAAAAUGAUACUAGCUAGAUGUAGUUUAGAUGGUACUGCUAGUCCCCUAUGGGACCUAUAAUAUAAUAUAUAUGUAUAAUAUAAAAAAAAAAAAAAAAAAAAAAAAAAAAUAAUAA